AUGUUGCAAGAACUGGCACAGAAGAGAGGAUACCUUGUACCUGUGUAUGUUGAUUUGAUUCCUGCACCAGAUGGAAAUGGUGGAUAUUGGUUCAGCGCAGAGGUGAAGCUUCAUUUCAACCAGCAAGACUUCUGUGCAGUGGGCAAAGCAGCGCGUACAAAGAAGGAUGCUCAAAAGAAUGCCGCCUAUGCUGUGAUGACUAUCAUUCAGCAGCAAUUCCCAAAUGAUCGCAUCCUCCCAGGUCAGUCAAGUCCAGGACAGUCAUCAUCAUCAUCGUACGGUGGUUCUGAACCAAAGUCUUCAUAUUCCCAGUCAUCAUAUUCCCAGCCACCGCCUCAGUCUUCAUAUUCCCAGCCACCACCUCAGUCUUCAUAUUCCCAGUCAUCAUAUUCCCAGCCACCACCUCAGUCAUCAUAUUCCCAGCCACCGCCUCAGUCAUCAUAUUCCCAGCCACCACCUCAGUCAUCAUAUACCCAGCCACCACCACCUCAGUCAUCAUAUUCACAGCCACAUCCAAAGAUGGAGACAGAGGGAAGGUCUUUCCCUGGUGUCGUGCCAGACAACACUGAAUUGAUCAAGUUAAAGCUGGAGUUACAUGAGACUACCAUCAAGAAGCUUACUGAACGUUGUGAUCUUCUUGAGAGAAAGUAUGAAGAGGUAACUGACAAGUUAGGAAAGACUGAGGCCGAGCUCAAAGAGUACGUUGACAAACAGGUCAAGAUCAAGUCUGCUAGCAGUGGCAAUGGUAAUGAAAGUGGCAAUGGCAAUAGUGGCAGUGUCCGCAAUGGUGAUAAUCAGCGCCAAAGACAACAGAUCGUGGCGGACGAGGAGUUGGCCAAUGAACCAACGAUCUUCAAACUGGACGAGGAGGUGUUGGACAAGAAGUACAAUGAUAAUAUACCGUUCUAUCGCUACCAGCUAUUGUUCAGUCAUGGCGCCAACAAGAGCAUCUUCUUCCAUGCGGGCCAGGAGUACCAAUUCAAAGGCUACUGGCUGUACUCAACCGAGGUAUUCCCCAAGCCAACUGUCACUUUGAUGGCCAACAACAAGGUAGCAUUCAGUGUGACGAUCAAAGAGGCGCACACCGACUACAUCGGCCGCGAUGACUUUGCCCGUAUGCUCACCUUCCACAACUUCUUUUAUGUGAAUGUGUUGGGCAAGACUACGAUGAAGAACUCGAGAGACGACGACAUGUACUUUGUGCCGCGAGUCGAGUGUAUCACCAACCCGUCCAAGUCAUACUUCCAGACGUUGAUUGACCUGAUCACUGCCGAGGACAUCUCCAAGGCACCGUCCGCCAAGCCUGGCUCGAGUGAGUUCCACGCACAUUACGACAAGCGCUGUCUUCGCAAGGUGCUCCAGUCGCCCGGAGCCAAGUUUAUAGUGUGUCGCAAAGUGGACUACAGUGCAGACGGCAAGGACAAGACAGGCCGUCCGUCACUGUGGUGUGUGCCCUCCAAGAAGGUGUCGUACUCCCUCUUCUUCCCCGAUCAGUACUCCACACCAGCUGACAACCCCAACGUGAUUGAUGCGCCCAUUCAAUGGGUGACCGAGGCGGAUGAGACCAACACGAUCCACUGGGAGAACUAUAUCAAGAAGAGCAAACACAUGGAUGUCUACGACGCGGUUAGGACGCUCGGUAUCACCGCCGAGAUGCACGACAUUGCCAAAGCCAUAGUCUCGCAGAUGCAUCCCAAGAUCGUCGGGUCCAAUCAGUUGCAACGCCUCAAGGAUGUAGUGAGCGUACGCAACCCAAGGAAACUUCGCGAGGUCUUCACACCACGACGCCAGCUGACCCACAUCCCACCAAACUACAUCGCACUCGUUGGCAAUGAUUGUCCGUACGGUGACAAUCAACGCGUUGCCUUCUUAGGCGAGUCACUUCUAAACUUUUGCACAGGACUGUAUGAGUUCUCCAAGUAUCCCAAUGCGACUGAGAGAUUGUUGACGACUCGUUGUGUGGAUGCGACCAGCAAUGAGAAGUUACAAUCAGUGUAUGAUCGUUUCAAAGUGGACUUUUCAAAGUUGGCACCAAACAUCCGAACAGACAAGGACAUCAAGUUGGCACAGGCUGAUAUUGUCAGAGCAUUGUUUGGACUGGUCUACCUUGAGAAGGGCAUCAACGAAGCCUAUGAAUUCAUCAAUGGACUGGUCUUUAAUGACACCAAGUCAUUCCAAUUUCCCACUUCCUACGAUUGCCAACAUCGUGUUGAGAAGGAGUUGAAUGACGAUCAGAAGCAAUUCUUAUUCUUGUUGGAUAUCAAGAUAAGACGUGAAUGUCUCUUCCAUGAAGCAUUCCAAGGAAUUAACAACAUCAACGCCUUUGAGAGACUCAGGUUCCUUGGCAACACUUAUCUUGAUCUUGUCGUCUCUGAUUUCAUCUACAACACAUACCAAAAGGAGCCGAGAGAAUACCUGGAAACAUGCCGAGCGGUCUUUUUGAAGAAUGAACACUUGGCGAUGAUCAGCCAUAGGAUCAAGAUCAGAGAGGGCAUCUUGGACAAGCCUCAACUAUCAAUCAAACAGAUGGGCGAGUUCUUCUUGUCAUUGAUUGGAUUCAUGUACUUGGAUAUUGGUGCCCAGGACACGAAGCUACAGAUCCAAAAGUUGUUGCCUCUUACUGAGGCAGCCAUUACAGAGGCGCUCGAGGCUCAUCAGGCCAGCGCACGCCCGGUCUGCGACUCGACACAUUCAAUUCCAAGUACCAACCAGGACAUUACAAUACCACUGGCCAUCAAGGACUCUUUUGAUUAUCAACAUUGUCCUAGCAGUGCAUCAUCAUCAUCAACUUGUGAGCAAGUUGUUGUUCCACUGGCGAUUCCAAAUCACGUCAACCACAAUAGCACAAUCAGUAAUAGUACAACUACAACUACCACCACCAAUACCAAGGAUUAUAAUCAUCAGUUCGUAAUGGAUGAUAACUCUGAUCAAUGA